GUUCCUCCGUUUCAUGGGGGAAAGUGUCUUUUCGUGCCCCGCCCUGAGUGAACACUGACUCGACGCUAUCAACAUCUCAGGGCCACGAAGGGAACUUCACUGUUGAAAGUACACAGAGAUUAUCAACUCUAGAUCUGCACCAAAAGUCCAAUGGUCAAUGUUUGCAACAGGACUCCUGCACACAGCUCCCGACUGCAUGAGGGCUUGAAGGCUGCCGAGCGGGUUUGAAGCCACCGAUUAAGUCCGCAUUUGACACCCAAAUACAAAAGUUAGGCCGGGGUAUCGCAGUCAUAAUGUCCGGACAACCUAGAUUUGUGAGCCCGUUCUACAGACCUCGGUGCCUGGCUGCUGCAGCUCCGGCGGGGAAAGCCAAACUAACGCACCCCGGGAAGGCUAUCAUGGCAGGUGGGAUAGCAGGAGGCAUAGAGAUCUGCAUCACCUUCCCCACGGAGUAUGUUAAAACACAGCUUCAGCUCGACGAGAAGGCCAAUCCUCCCAAAUACAGAGGCAUCUCUGACUGUGUGAAGCAGACAGUGAACGGUCAUGGGGUGAGGGGUCUGUACAGAGGUCUAAGCUCUCUGCUGUACGGCUCUAUACCUAAAGCAGCUGUCAGGUUUGGAGUGUUUGAAUUCAUCAGUAAUAAGAUGCGCGACGAAAAUGGGAAACUCAGCAGCAUACAAGGUUUACUCUGCGGCCUCGGGGCCGGAGUAGCUGAGGCUGUGGUCGUAGUCUGUCCUAUGGAGACAGUAAAGGUCAAAUUCAUCCAUGAUCAGUCAUCAGCAAACCCAAAGUACAAGGGAUUUUACCACGGAGUGAGGGAGAUUAUCAGAGUUGAAGGUCUCAAGGGGACUUACCAAGGCCUCACAGCCACCGUGUUGAAGCAAGGCUCCAACCAGGCCAUCCGCUUCUAUGUCAUGACUUCCCUGAGGAACUGGUACAAAGGUGAUGACCCCGACAAGGCCAUUAACCCUCUGAUAACUGGUAUGUUUGGAGCUGUGGCUGGUGCUGUGAGUGUGUUUGGAAACACUCCACUGGAUGUCAUUAAGACCAGAAUGCAGGGUCUCGAAGCAAAAAAGUACAAAAGCACACUGGACUGUGCCGUCAAGAUCAUGAAGUACGAGGGACCAAAGGCGUUCUACAAAGGUACUGUUCCCCGGCUGGGUCGGGUGUGCAUGGACGUGGCCAUAGUCUUUAUUAUUUACGAGGAAGUCGUGAAGGUCCUGAACAAUGUUUGGAAGACGGACUAAGAUGGACCCCUACCGGUGCUACACAACAAGCAGGAGUGUUACGACAGGCCAUUCAUAUUAUUAACCAGGCCAAGUCCCAAACCAAUCUCCUUAAACCCUGCUUAUAGGUUCUAAUAUCUACCUCUUAGUGAUUUUCAGAGAGAAAGAAAGGGAUUGGUAUGUUCUUGGAUUUAUUUAUGACAAAGCUACUAAAAGCGUAAGCAUUUUCUGCAUGAAGAAAGCUCCAGACUGCAGAGUCAGUGCUUACACUUGGUUUUAUUCCUUAAAUUCCAGAGGGGGGCAGUUCCUUCAGAUCUCAGGGAAAGGAACAGGGGCAGGCAUUUAGAUCUGAUUGACUUGAGCAAUGGGAAAGCUGUCAGCACAAACAACUACAGCGCUUUGAGUUCACUUAUGCUAACGAUGUAUGCACUUAGUCAAAGAGAAACCAAUUGCCAACCGAACAAAAUGUGAUUUAGAAAACUGUAGAUUAAAACGUUUUACUUGAAAUGAGAGAUUAUAACAGAUGCAAACAUUUAAAGCCCUCUUUAAAAGAAACUAUUUAGACUUUUUUUUUACAAGACUUUCAAAACCAGUAUUUAAUUCAGUGUCUGAACAAAUCAUUUAUAUUCAGAUGUCAUGCUGCAGAGGCAUCAGGUACGUUAAGAACUAAAUGCCUUAAAUUAUAAUUGUCAGAUUAAUCAAGCUCGUGGGAUCCAUAGAUGCAGUUUUUUUUUAAAUAUGUUGCAUGUACAGUAGACAACUUCAGUAGUAAUGCACAUUUCCACAUAAUAGUGAUUGAUGAAAAGAGGGUUCUUUUAAGUUGCCGAGAUGUCUUUAAUCAACUAACUAAGUAGAUCGAUGCUAUAAAAAGUGCCUAUGCAUUAUAUGAUUCAUUUUAAGAUCUUUUGAGAUUAAGAAUGAUUGAAUGUUGUAUGUACUUAAGAAACGACAGAUUUUUAAUAAUGUGCUGCGAUGUUUAAUUCCAGUCUGUUUCUGAGGUAUUCCUGAGAUGUUCAUAUCUUCUAAAUUCAUCCUGUGUUUUGAGGUAUAUUUCCUUUGAUUGCAUAGACAGUUUGAGAAGUGCCAUUAAUAGUGCCUUCCAUCUCAUUCCAGGGAGUGCUAUAGAUUUUAUUGCAGAUUACGUUUUUAAUGUCUAACUUUAUUAAUUGCCUUUACAUUUUUUCACCAAUUGAUGACCCAAUGUGCCAACUGCUGCUCUUAUACAAUAUAUAUAAGAAGUCACCUAAAGACUGGAGUAGCUUGUUUACAUGCAAUGCUAAUAAUUGUUUUUACAAAUGUUUACUUUGAGCUAUAUUUUUCAGCUCCAGCUUGCAUACAUGUAGACAUCAUGCCAUAGCUAUUUAAAUAUCUUUGGAGUUUUCAUAUUUAGACAUGAAACACAUCCACAUCCAGUAGUUAAAACCAAGUAUUGUGCCUUCAGUCUAAUUCAUUCUACUGUAACAUGUAUGCACACAAAUAAACAUUGGAUCAGACGGUU